CCAUCUUCUUUCAUUUGACCAACAUAGAAACCCUUGUUCCUGUUUCCCAAAUUUAGGGCUCUCUCUGUCUCAUUUCGUUAAUCUUUUCACGUUUUUUACACUAAAAAAAAAAAAGAAGAAAUUGUUUUCUGUUUUGUUUUAUUUUAUUUUAGCAUAUAUCAUUAAUUCAAUAGUGAUAUCUUUUAAUUUUUUUUAUAUUGGGUUUGCUUAAUUUUUCAGGUUCAUUUUCUAUUGCCUUUUCUUUUCUGGGUUCUUGUUUUGGUUAAGAAUUUUCGGAUACAGAAAUAUUUUAAAGGUUUGUUCUUUUUCUAUUCUGUAAGAAGAUCCUAAUUCCUUCGUUUUGGGUUCUCUUAAAUUCUCUUUUUAGGGCAAAUUUGUUGAGCUUUUGAUAUUGGGGUUCUGUUGUUCCAUGUCAAUAGACCUUUGAAUAUAAUGAAACAUGCCAAAUUCAAAUAGACAAGCAUCGAUGUACACUGCAGAACAUAUGGAGAUACAUGGCCAAUUGGAAGAAGACGACGAAGAUAUGGCUGGAGGUGGGGAGGAGUCCAUAGACAACCCUAAUAUCCACUAUGAAAAUGGUGCUGGAAAUGGUGGUGGUAUGGAAGAUGUUCCUCCCUCUGGUAUUCGAGUUACUGGUGCACAAGAUUAUCCUUCAAUGCUUGGACAUAGUAGCCAUGUUGACCAGCUCACUCUGUCUUUCCAGGGUGAGGUUUAUGUUUUUGAUGCUGUUUCCCCAGAUAAGGUGCAGGCAGUACUGUUACUUCUAGGUGGAUAUGAAAUCCCUUCUGGCAUUCCUGCCACAGGGGCAGUACCUCUUAACCCUAGGGGUCCAAGUGACUUAUCGGGAAGGUCAAUUCAACCUCAGAGAGCAGCUUCGUUACGGCGGUUCAGGGAGAAGAGAAAGGAGCGUUGUUUUGAUAAGAAAAUACGCUACAGUGUCCGGAAAGAAGUUGCUCUUAGGAUGCAGCGUAAGAAAGGACAAUUUACUUCAGCAAAGGCUAAUUCUGAUGAAGCAGGCUCAGCGUCUUCUGGCUGGAGUGCAACACAGGGUUCUGGACUAGAUGAGAGCAUGCUGGAAACAUUAUGUACUCAUUGUGGAACCAGCUCAAAGUCAACUCCAAUGAUGCGACGUGGACCAGCUGGUCCAAGAACCCUUUGCAAUGCAUGUGGGCUCAAGUGGGCCAACAAAGGAAUCUUGAGAGACCUUUCAAAGGUGGCGAACAUGGCAGGUCAAGGUCCUCCUGCAAAGCCAACUGAACAGAGUGAAGGUGAAGCGAACGACUCGGAUGCUGUAACUUUGCCAGCAGAUAUAGUCUCUUCUAAUGGCGAUAAUUCAGCUUUGACUGCGGAAACAUGAAUUGGUAGUGUCAUCGUUUGCAGCCCUUCUUGUGAAAUGGAUAGUUGCUUCUUCUUCCUUUUCUUGCAGUUGAAGUGCAAUUCAGACAUUAGAAAACAGAUUCAUAGCAUGUGUAAUCUCUCUCUGGUUUCCUUCAACCAACUGUACAUAGAAUUUUAGUGCCUCUUGUUAUAUACAUCAAAUUGUCUCAAAACAUAAGAAUCUUCAAAUGUCAUAUAAUCUUUGUUUCUCAUCCAAUUGCUAGAGCUUAAAACAGGCAGUUAAAGGUUUUUUUUA